AUGAGCACAACUCUGGAUGAACUGGGCAAUUACACUUUAUGUGUCCCAUCUUGCCGCAUUUUUUUUUUUUAUUACAAACCCUUGUGUCGAGGGCUGACUUUCAAUAGAUCGCAGCGAGGGAGCUGCUCUGCUACGUACGAAACCCUGACCCAGAAGCAGGUCGUCUACGAAUGGUUUAGCGCCAGGUUCCACAGGAACGUGUGUUGCGUGAUGGGAGUGGGGGCAGUGCCCUUUCCGGCCACACCCCGUUUCCCAGGACGAGAGGCUGUCCGCACCGGACCCCAGUCCCGACGUACGGGCUACCACGUCAUCCAAGAGACCAUCUACCCCGGAGUGCGGAUGGUGUGUAUUCCUUUGUUUGUGGAUCAACCUGAUAACAUUGCUCAGAUGAAGGCCAAGGGAGCAGCUGUUAGACUGAACUUUAGUACAUUGUCCACUAAAGAUCUUCUCAAGGCCAGGAAGAUAGCCAUUAACAACACUUUCUAUAAAGAGAAUACAAUGAGGUUAUCAAGAAUUCACCAUGGUCAGCCAGUGAAGCCUCUGGAUCGAGCUGUCUUCUGGGUGGAGUUUGUCAUGCGCCACAAAGGAGCCAAACACCUUCGCCCAGCUGUCCAUGAGCUCAACUGGUUCCAGUACCACGCUCUGGAUGUGAUUGGCUUCCUGCUGGCCUGUGUGGCAGCUCUCAUCUUCAUCUUCACAAGAUGUUGCCUUUUUUGUUUCUAGAAGUUUACUAAAAGUAGAAAAAAAAAGAAGAAAAGAGACUAA